AUGUCGGAAAACCAGCCCACUCAGGGGGAAAGCGCUCAGCAGGAUGACCUGCAACUUGCCCUGGAAGCCCUGGAGAAGUUCGAGAUUGGGCUGAAGCAAGAAGACAUUAACAGAGGCAUCGACUGCGCCAGGGCCGCUGUCCAAUCGCUUUUGGAGAGAAAUGAAAAUCCCACGGACGCGCUCACUAUCCUUGGAGCUUGCCUGCAACGACGAUAUCAGACUACUACAGCCAAGAAUAUCGAGGACAUAAACGAAGCCGCCGAAGCUGGCAGAGCUGCCGUCGAGAGAGUGAUCAGGGGAGAGCACGAUCAUGGGCCGCAGGUCUACAUGCAUAAUCUACAGGCGAUUCUUAUGUUCCGGUUCCUGGAGAGCAAGGACACCGCGCAUCUUGAAGACGCCUUUGAGAUAAUCAGACAGCUUCUCAAUGUUGCACCCCAAAACGGCCCACUUCAUGCCCUCACGCUGAACAUGCUGUGCACUCUGUAUUCGUUUGGUUAUAAUGAGACGAAGAAUGAGAAAUAUCUGGAGGAGGCGGCGAUUGCGGCAGAACUGGCGGUCUCGAUUUCUCCAAGAAAACAUCCGUUUCGCGCAGAUAUGCUGGAGAUGCUCCUUGAUAUUAAGAGAAUAAUGUAUGCACGAGACGAUUCCCUCGAAAACCUCGACGAGACCAUCCGCGUCUGCAAAGAGAUACACGAGAUUCAUCCACCGGGACAUCCCAACCAUUUGGACUUGAUACACAGGCUCGCCGCGUCCUUCACCCUUCGCUAUAGGAGCACCGACAAUUUAGACGACCUGUGCAAGGUAAUCGAGUACUGCCAGGCUGCCUUGAAAAUUGCACCGAUAGACCUCAGUACGGGGGAAAGCUCCCCUGCUGAGGAGCGGUCUAUAGGCGCGCUGCAUACCCUCCGGCGACACAUCCAGAUCUACUUCGAGCGCACCGGCGACGUGCCCGAACUCGACGAGCAUGUCAUCGACAGCCUUUACCUUCAAAGCCUGGUUUCAGAUGAGGACGAGAAGGCCAUUGCGCAGCUGCGCAAGCUAGCCGAUGCCUUCCACAGGGUGUAUGAGAAAACAGGCCGAGUCGUCGACAUCGAGUACGCAAUCAUGGUCACGCUUCGCGCCAUGGCGCUAGUGAAUGACACCCACGGCGACUGGGAGGCUAUUCAGGAUAGUUAUAGAGCUCGGUAUCGACUCUGGUCCGACCAGACUGGCAAGAUGCCUGACCGUGAGAUUGUGGUCAUGGGAUUUGGGAAUGGAGGGAGUUGGAUUCCUGCUGAGCUGGCAGACGGGUUGGAAUUGAAAGUACCAUUUAUAAUUAAUGCUGGAGAGCUGGAGGAAGAGGCACAUCAGAUAAGCGACAAGGUCGAAGGGAGUGGCGAUCAUUGA